ACCUGUGUCUAUCACCCAGGCCAGUGUAGCAGCGGGGAUGAACUGGUCGGGGCUGCAGAGUCUGUUGAGUGGAGUCAAUAAAUACUCCACUGCAUUUGGGAGGAUCUGGCUGUCCAUGGUGUUUGUGUUCCGUGUGCUGGUGUUUGUGGUUGCAGCGCAGAGGGUUUGGGGUGACGAGAGCAAAGACUUUGUGUGUAAUACCCGGCAGCCUGGUUGUACCAAUGUCUGCUAUGACCACAUCUUCCCCAUCUCCCACAUCCGUCUGUGGGCGCUGCAGCUGAUCUUUGUCACCUGUCCAUCUCUGAUGGUGAUAGCUCACGUUAAAUACCGCAAGGGAAAGGACAGGAAAUAUGUGGAGCUGAACCAUGGCUCUCACUUGUAUGCCAACCCAGGCAAGAAGAGAGGGGGGCUGUGGUGGACAUAUCUGCUUAGUUUGGUCUUCAAAGCUGGAUUCGACACGUCAUUUCUCUAUAUUUUGUACAGGAUAUACCAUGGUUAUGACCUGCCCAGGUUAUCAAAGUGUUCACUGGAACCAUGCCCCAACACCGUCGAUUGCUUCAUUAGUCGUCCAACAGAGAAAAAGAUCUUCAUGUUGUUCAUGGUUAUCUCCAGCACACUGUGCAUCUUCAUGUGUAUUUGUGAGAUGAUUUAUCUCAUCGGCAAGCGCAUCAGCAAGUUGUUAAAGGUCCGCCACGAGAACCAGAGACUCAUAUUUGCCGAGCAACAUGAGCUCACAAACAUGGCCCCGCCAAGGUCCCAGUAUCAGAGGACUGAUCCGACACUGGCAGAGAGCCAGCUCAGUUUGAACAGGAGGGAGAGGGUCAACGAAGGUAGUGCAAGUACAACUCUGUAGGACACAGUGGUCACUGAGCCAUGGGUUUGUUUGUGAUGGGUGACCACAGGACAAGAACAUAGGUUGCCUUAAAAAAACUAUUAAAUCAAAACACUAAUAAAAGUGCCAAUCCCAUGCAUCAUGAUCCUGUGAUCCAGCUGAACACGAAACAUACAUGACUCUCCAUAAGAAGGAUCGCAAACAUUGGCUGGAUGCAUGUUGUCUGAGACAGCUAAAGAAGAGGAAUACUGGUCUACUAUGUUUGGAUAUCACAUUUCGAACUUUGUACAAUAGAUCUGAUCAUCUUACGGCUGACUAUUCAAGGAGAGCCACCCAGGAGGCAUUCAAAGCACAGGUGGAGUCUGAUGCUUUUUUCUCAGGACAUUGUUUAUUGAUUGAUGAUUCAUGAUCUACAUCAAUAUGUCACACAAUUGCAAAUUACCGCACUUGGUAUCUUCAACACUGUUGAUUGCUUUAUUGACAGUCGGACUGAGAAAACGUGCUCUGUGCAUUCAUAUUUCUUCUACUACAGGGACCAAAAUGCCUCCAGGAAUUUGAUGAGCUGAUGCCCCACGUGGAGUGCUGAGUCGUCCACCAAGGUUUAACUCUUUCCUCCAAGUCAGCUGCUCUAAAUCUAGAUUAGGGUUUCUGAGGGUUUUUUGGUCAGCAAAUUAUUGUGAGUAAGGAAUGGACUUCAUUGCAGCACGGACACGUUGAGUGGAUUACUGAUGCUCUUAUCUGCUAUAUCUGACAACCAUCUGAUCCCUUAGUGUGUCCUGUUAAAGGUGAUCAAUUAUCAGAUUUUAAAAUUGACAUUACAGUAAAGCGAUUGCAUUGUGUUAUUUAAGAUGAGUGGAGGGAAUGAACUGGAAGCUGCGCAGUCUUACUGCACAGGCAGGACAUGAGCUGAGCUGACAGAAUGAUGUUAAAGGACAAGGUCUGUUAUACUUUCAUUUUAGGUUAAAUCCCCACACUCACAGCUAGCUACUUCUUUUCUGACUAAGAGUCAACUACAAUGUCAUGAUAUAGUCUAAUAGUCUAAUAGUUUCUUUCCUAUGAUAGGAUGAUUUAUUUUUGUUCACCAUUAUAGUGAUAACU